UCUUGAGGUCAUUAUGUCUUCUGAAGGAAGUAAUUCGUAUGAGGUUCCAAAUGGAGCUCGUACUGAUUCAAAUUUGUCUCCAAUUACUCAUGAGAGUGCCAACAAUCUCAAUUGGCGGUCACCACAAAUUCAACAAGCCAAUUAUCAGGGGAUGAAUACUUCAGCUGGGCUAAGCCACUACUAUCGGGGUGGAGUUUCUCCAAAUCAAGAUUUCACAAACAGUCAACAGAUGAUAAUGACCACACGAGGGCAUGAGCUGGCUACUUCAUUUAACUGUCUAGGAAGCAAAAACCAUUUCUAUCCAAGGACUGCACAUUAUACAGUUUAUGAUUCAAGAUAUAAAGCAUUGGGCUUAUAUGUGGACCCCCAUUUGAGGGCAUUCAUGAAUUUUAAGAAAAAUGGUUACCAUGGUAUUAAUCAUGUGCCAAAUUCUAAUUGAUCGCUUGCAAUGACUUCCUUAUUGGCAGGGUAGCUGCCAAUCAAAUGUAAUGUGUGUGAGCUUUAAGCUUUAGACAAUUAUGAGCAUUUUCUCAAAUUUCAAUAAGCUUUUCUAAGUACAUUUUGUACUUUUAAUUUUUUCUUAUAUUAAUAUUUGUAGACCUGGUUGGUGGUUUGCUUUGACAUUAUUACUUAAUAUAUAUUUCUA